GCAGUAACCGUGUUAGUACAGAGAGAUAAUGUGUCGCAUCGGAGCCGGAGCAGCUGAUUCGGAGAAAGAGACUAAUCGUCGCCGUCGCCGCCGCCACUGCCAGCAAAAGCAACGGUCGUAGCUGUCCGAGCAUUGUGUUGUAGAGAAAGCCUGUCUGUCUACCUAUUUGUCCGAUAGUCCGUUUUCCUAUACGUAGCCAGCAGCGAGUGGCAGAGGUGACCGCCUAGUGAUGGGCGUUCGCCUCCGCUUAGCCCAUCUACCGUUCACACUACUUGAGUAGAAGUGCCAUAGGGACGGGGCUGACCCGCCGAACAGCGGGGCAACGAUACCAACCCAUCGCUCGACUUGUUUUCUCGACAAUAAAAUAUCGGCCAGCAGGGACGCCAACGACACCAAGAGUGAUCCGACGAAUAACAAGUUGUGGUGUUUCGUCCAGUGAUUGGGGUUACGGGUACUUGCAAGAAUUGGUCACGAACUACAUGUAGUCGACGUUGACAUGCUGUUCAGACUGUGAAAUCAAUGUCAGCUCAAGUCACCUGUGUCCUACGGUAUGUGUCAGACGGGGUAACAAAAGUCUACGGUGUUAAGAAGAAGCGACCGGGCAGUCAAUCAAGCAACCACACAGAAGGUGCUUUAAAGAAGGUCGCUGUGUUGUAUAAGGGAUAAUAGAAAACAAGUUUUUACAGUUACCGACGACCUGGAAAGCACAUGAAUAGCGUAAACAUUGCUCUCUCCGUCGAAGUAGCACAGCAGAGAAGAGCCCCCCGGAGAGAGCAAAAAGCAAAAAUGUGCGAUUACUUUGUUUACUCGUCACUAACUAAAUGACAAGUGCUUUAUUUCGAGUGUGAAUGCGUAGGUGAAGGACUAUAAUGAAGGUCUAGGUGCGUGCGUAGCCGUGGUGAUUGUACGCUGCCACGUUUAGACUCAGUGUUGGCAGGCAGCAACCACGGCAGCUCGGAUAUUCAGACGUCUCGGCGCUGACGGUGGAGGGAAGUGUGUGAAGACUAUCUUCUGCACAGUUCGCCCGGUUAACGAAAACCACGCAGUGAGAGCAGCUGAUCAACGGGAAUACAGCUGUCAAAGGCCGAGAGGAAGCGUGUGCGGAAGUUGUCACGUCACUAAAUUGCUGCUGCUGCUAUUGCUACUACGGCCGCUGGUGACGAGGCAAGGAAGAGCGGGAAACACAAUCUCUCUUGGCGUAAAGAAAGCCGUGUGGCGGUUUCUGGCGGAGGGGGGAACGGUGGAAUCGCUGGUGGAAAUGCAGUCAAUGGCGCUGCUGAUGUUCACUUCCUUGAUGGUAUCUACACGUUGGGGUAUUAUAUCGGCAGGGAAGAUCUCCCACGACUUCGUAACGUGUCUUCGAUCGCUUCGAGACCACGAAGUUGUCGUGGUGGCAGCCAUGAAUGUGACGAACGCAAGAAAGUUUGCCCUGCUUCACAAAAUAGAAAAAGUGCUCGACAACUACGACGAUAUGGCUAAACAAGACAACAUCGAUAUUGUGUACUGUGGAUCCUUGAAUCCACAGCAUUAUACGGUGGUAAAACAUCUACUUGAGAACGGCAAGCCUGUCCUUUGUGAGAAGCCGUUGACAAUGUGUUUGGAACACACAGAAGAGCUCGUGAAAAUCGCGCGCAAAAAUAAAACCUUUCUCAUGGAGGCCAUUUGGUCUCGAUUUUUGCCGGUAUACGAUGAAUUGCAGAAGCGCCACUCUGAGAUCGGUGAAAUCCACUCUGUUGAAGCGUCCUUUGGUCUUGCAGAAAUAGGUGGCGUUGACCGUGUGACCAAACCUGAACUAGGUGGGAGUUCGCUGCUUGAUAUCGGCAUUUACGUAAUUCACUUUGCGCAGCUUAUCUUCAAGGACGUGUACCCCUCGGAAAUUCGAGCUGUAGGAGAAAUUACUCCCGAUGGAGUGGACGUGCAAACGUGUAUUUCUCUCAAGUACCCGUCUGGCAAGCUGGCAUCUUUAACGACAUCCGUGCUCGCUGAUUUGCCCUGUGAAGCCACGGUGUUCGGCAGUAAAGGAAAAAUCAAGGUGCACAAACCGUUCUGGUGUCCGGACUCAAUCGAAGUCAACGGUAAAACGGAAACGUUCCCAUACCCUGCAACCAUCGGGCCGUGUAACUACGUAAACAGUUCGGGCCUCAGGUAUGAGGCGAUCCAUGUACGAGAUUGUUUAAACAACGGUUUAGCGGAGUCGCCUAUACUACCGCUUGAAGCAACACUCAACAUGGCUCGUAUUAUGCAAUCAUGCUUAGACCAGAUGGGAGCCAAACUUAAAAUUUAACUGUUUAAAAGACGGCGUUGUUGAUCAAACAACGUACAAAUCUACGUGCACAACAAUGCAACUAAUAACCGAAGGAACCUUUUUAUAUCAUGAAUUGAAUU